UUCUACAAUUGUCGCAAAACUAUUUUACACCUACAUGAUUGUCAAUCAAGAUUCAAGAGGGGCAAAGUGUCAUUCACCCAAAGCUUCUUCCUUUUGGUCUGGUCUCUCUUCUUCAUCAUACCUGCAAUCACAACCCUCUGCUUCACUAAAUCCCAAACUUUCUUGAUCACGAAUCACCCAAUUCAACCAUGACGGAAUUCUUGGAUUUGGAAACCCAAGACGCCGUCCGGAUGCCAUGGAACGUCAUCCCGGGAACCAAACAAGAAGCCGCCCAAUGCGUCAUCCCCAUCUCCGCCAUCUACACUCCGAUCAAACCCUUGCCGGAAUCCACCCCUCUCCUCCCAUACUCCCCCUUACGCUGCCGCAAUUGCCGAUCGGUCCUCAACCCUUUCUCCAUCGUCGAUUUCUCCACCAAAAUCUGGAUCUGCUCCUUCUGCCUCCACCGCAACCACUUCCCCCAACACUACCACUCCAUCUCCGACGACAACCUUCCGGCAGAACUCUUCCCACACUACACAACCAUCGAGUACGAGCCAAGAAACGAAAUACCCACUUCCCAAAUUACCCCCCGCGUGUUUUUCUUUGUGGUGGAUACUUGUAUGAUUGAGGAGGAAAUUGGGUUUUUGAGAUCUGGGCUUUCGAGGGUAAUUGGGGAAAUUGGUGGGGAGUGUUUUGUGGGGUUGAUUACUUUUGGGAGGUAUGUUUGUGUGCAUGAGUUGGGGUUUUUUGGGAGGAUGAAUAAGGUUUAUGUGUUUAAUGGUGGCAAGGAUAUUAGUAAAGAUCAGGUUUUGGAACAGAUGGGUUUCUUUUUGAAGAAGCCGAGACCCGCUACCGGCGUUGUUGCCGGUGUUAGAGAUGGGCUUUCGCAGGAGAGUAUUAAUCGGUUCUUGCUGCCCGCUGCUGAUUGUGAAUUCGCCCUCAAUUCGGUAUUGGACGAGCUUCAAAAAGAUCCAUGGCCUGUUCCUGCAGAUCAAAGGGCGCCAAGAGCAACCGGCACUGCGUUAACCAUAGCCGCUCAUCUCUUAGGAGUAUGUGUUCCCGGUUCCGGGGCUAGAAUUAUGGCGUUUUUGGGCGGGCCAGCAACCGAAGGGCCAGGUUCCAUCGUAUCAAAAUCGUUAUCCGAACCUAUUCGUUCGCAUAAGGAUUUAGAUAAAGACGCUGCCCCUUUUUUUCACAAAGCAGUGAAGUUAUAUGAAGGGCUUGCAAAGCAGCUUGUACAUCAAGGACACGUACUUGAUGUGUUUGCAUGUGCUCUUGAUCAGGUUGGGGUAGCUGAACUUAAAGUUGCGGUCGAAAAAACCGGAGGACUUGUUGUGUUAGCAGAAAGCUUUGGUCAUUCGGUGUUUAAAGAUUCUCUACUGCGUAUUUUCCAAUCCGGUGAAAAUGAUUUGGGAUUAUCAUCAAAUGGUAUAUUUGAGGUAAACUUCUCGAAGGAUAUAAAAAUUCAGGGCGUUCUUGGUCCAUGCGCUUCACUUGAAAAGAAAGGUCCGUUAUGCUCUGACACUACUAUUGGUCAAGGGGGUACUACUGCAUGGAAGAUGUGUGGGCUUGAUAAAUCGACUUCGUUAUGCUUAAUAUUUGAUAUUGUGAAGAAGGAAACCCCAGACGUUAUUGGUCAAGCCAACGAUCAGUUUUAUUUCCAGUUUUUGACUUAUUAUCAACAUAGCAAUGGACAAAUGCGGCUUCGAGCGACUACCCUCUCUAGAAGAUGGGUCACAGGACCCGGAAAUGUACAGGAUUUGAUUGCUGGGUUUGACCAAGAAGCAGCUGCCGUAGUCAUGGGACGCCUAGUUUCUUUUAAAAUGGAGACCGAGGCUGAAUUUGAUCCCAUAAGGUGGCUGGAUAAAACACUGAUACAUCUAUGUUCUCGGUUUGGUGACUAUCAAAAAGACAGCCCGUCUUCUUUCGUCUUAUCUCCACGCUUAUCGAUUAUUCCGCAAUUUGUAUUUAAUUUGAGGCGCUCUCAAUUCGUACAGGUUUUCAAUAACAGCCCAGAUGAAACAGCAUAUUUUAGGAUGGUGAUGAACAGAGAAAACGUUGCAAAUUCAGUAGUGAUGAUUCAGCCGUCUUUAAUUUCUUACGCUUUUAAUUCUGGGGCGGAACCUGCUCUUUUAGAUGUGGCGUCGAUUGCUGCUGACCGGAUCCUUUUAUUGGAUUCGUAUUUCACUGUUGUCGUUUUUCACGGGUCCACUAUUGCUCAGUGGCGUAAAGCUGGCUACCAAAACGAGCCUGAACAUAAGGUUUUUGCACAGUUGUUGCAAGCUCCUCUUGAUGAUGCUGAGGCUAUAGUAAAGGAACGCUUCCCCGUACCUCGUUUAGUUAUUUGUGAUCAACAUGGAUCCCAGGCUCGUUUUCUAUUGGCAAAACUGAAUCCUUCUGCUACAUAUAAUUCAGAUGCUCCACCUAUGCCCGGUGGGGAUGUUCUGUUUACGGAUGAUGUCAGCUUUGAGAUCUUUUUAGACCAUCUUCAGCGAUUAGCAGUUCAACAAUAAACGAUUGUCCUCGUAAUUCUAGAGCAGUAUACACAUAGUUUUUUCGGGUUUUGUAAGAUUGUUCAUCCAGCUGGAUUGUACAGUAUUGCAUGCCAUCUCUAUUGCGGUAUUCUAGAUUUUUAUGCACUCUUUCUUUGAUGAAAUCUCUUGUUUAUUUUUUCUGAGUUUUUACAAACAUGUUAUAUUAAAUAUAUGCAUGCAUUUUACACUUGUUUUAAUGAAGUUCACACAA